AUGACUGUGGCAUCCAGUCUUUCCUACAAGCUACCGGACGAGCCAGUCUUCCACCGUUUGAUUGAGAACAGCAAAUCAAUCACGAGGGUUGUCGUCAACGACCCAACAUGUAACGUUCAAGCGGAUUGUUCCAAGUUGUUACGGGACGUUGUGGCUUUUCGCAAGCAACUCUACGAAGCACUCCCUAGCGACCUAUUCGACAAAGAUGGAAUCAUUGGUGCAUCUUCGCCAUAUAUCGUAAUUGUAUCACCGGCUAACUAUGAGUUUAUUGUUGCUUCAUUUGCGAUCCUCUCAGUUGGAGGGGCCAUAGUCCCUAUUUCACCUGGAGUUCUCCCGGAAGAAGCUAUGCACUUUCUUGGAAAUUCCCAAUCAUCCGUUUUGGUAACGACUAGUCAAUAUAGGGACCAAGGCACUGCCAUCCACGAGUAUGCCAAAAGCCAAGGUUACAAUCUGAAUCUCCUCCUGGCGUCGUUAGAGACAUGGGAUGCUCCACAAGAAACAAAUGUGGAAAUCGAUCCAACCUUGAUCAUUGAUUCAUCUCGUCCGAGCCUUGUUGUCUACAGUUCCGGAACAACUGGGCGCCCCAAAGGUGUAGUGCAAUCACGACCAUAUUUUGCCUUCGGCUAUAGACCUACCUCACAAGAUCUCGUCCUCACACUCGGUCCCGCACAUUGGAUUGGUGUACUAAGAUCUACCAUGUACUCAGCUCUUAGCGGCACGCCACAAGAGAUGAUCGAGCCCAACGAGGUAGUUAUAUGGGAGAGAUUGAGAAAGGGAGGCGUAACAAUACUCUGGGUGUCUAUUCCUUUAUGGUCUCGUUUGCAGCAACAUUACUACGAUGUGCUAUCCCGGCUUCCUCAGGCUGACCUGGAUUUAUAUCUUGAGGGGGCGAAGUCUGUGCAGCUUGCAAGCGUGGGUGGAGCUGCACCCAUGCCCUCUUUGUUGAGAUUCUGGCGACAUACUAUUGGGAUCCCUCUCGAAGUAGCGUACGGAUGCACCGAGUUGGGAGGGCCCACCACGAGGACUGAUAGCUCUUGCGACCGGGAACUCAAGUUCAGUAUCGGAAAGCCAUCACCAGGUGUAGAAUUGAAGCUCUCGGAAGGGAGCGAAGGUGAGAUUCUCAUGAAGAGUUCGCUAUUGUUCUCUGGUUAUCUUGGUGAUGAGGCCAAGACUAAAGAAAGUAUGGCGGCGGACGGAUUCUUCAAGACCGGCGACUACGCUCGGCGUGUUGGUGAUGAAUAUGUCAUGGAAGGCCGAGUGUCAACCGACUUUAUUCGAUCUGGUCCUUUUAAAAUCCCAAUUGUUGAAGUAGAAACUCGCCUGUCUGAGGUAUCUUUCGUCACUGAGGCUUGUAUUGUCUCUAUCCCUGACCGAGAUGUGGGCAAUCGUGUCGCAGCACUUGUUAGAUUUCGCCCGGGCUUUGAUGGUAAUCUUGCGAUUAUACGCGAUGCUCUCUCAGAGGAUCUAGCCCUAUACAACCUUCCCACAGCACUUCGAGUGUUGGCCCCAGGUGAAGUUAUUCCAGCGACGGAUGCAGGGAAGGUUGUUCGACAAAAUGUUGUACAGCAGUAUUUUACACCAACAGGUGACUAUGAACUUGCACUAAGCGUGGAGGUAUGGGAUCUAAGUCAGAAACAACAGAAAGCUAAGGCAUGGGAUUGGAAUGGAGUGCAACUAAGUCCGCAGGGGUUACAAAUGUAA